AUGGCGUACGAAAAAAAGUCACGCGAUGAUUCUGUAACGAAGAUGCUCAGCAGCUCUUCUCCCCGCCUGGGUGAGAAGGGUGCCCCGGCCGAGGCUGAAAAACAAGGCUCUGUUCGCUCGAACGCACCUACAACGCCAGCAAAGAAAGAUGGACAUAAUUUGGACAAAGUUGUAUCUGCGAAGGAGGCACACGCUAAAUUGAACAGGGUCAUGACCAGUGGCGAGGGAGUGGAAUAUCCUACUGGCAUCAAACUCGGUCUUGUUACUUUGGCACUAUGUCUGAGCGUGUUUUUGAUGGCUCUUGACAACACCAUUAUUGCGACCGCAAUUCCCAAAAUCACGGAUCAGUUUCACAGUCUGCCAGAUGUGGGGUGGUACGGAUCGGCAUACCUUCUCACAACAGCUUCCUUUCAACUCCUCUUUGGAAAAUUCUACACAUUCUUUUCGAUCAAAUGGGUGUACUUGGUUGCUAUUGGAGUCUUCGAGCUGGGAAGUUUUAUUUGCGGUGUGGCGCCCAACUCAAUCGUCCUCAUCAUCGGCAGAGCUGUUGCAGGAGUUGGCUCUGCUGGCAUUUUCUCUGGCGCUCUAAUUAUUGUGGCGUACUCUGUUCCACUCGUGAAGAGACCCAUGUAUACUGGUUUUAUCGGGGCUAUGUAUGGGAUUGCGUCAGUUGCUGGCCCUCUACUUGGUGGCGUUUUCACAGAUAAAGCAACCUGGCGAUGGUGUUUUUAUAUCAACCUUCCCCUCGGCGCUAUUACUGUAAUCGUUAUCAUGAUCUUCUUUACAGACCCACAACGAAAAGCUAUUGCCAACUCAGGCUGGAAAGCUCGUAUCCGGGCGUUUGAUUUGCAAGGAACUCUUGUUUUUAUCCCAGCCAUCAUUUGCCUACUAUUGGCACUUCAAUGGGGUGGAACUAAGCACCCCUGGGGAAAUUGGAGAAUCAUCUUGCUCUUUCUCUUUUUCGGUCUUUUGAUUGCGGGCUUUAUUGGCAUCCAGUUUUGGAAGCAGGAUCAAGCUACCGUCCCUCCUCGCAUUACAAAGCAGCGCUCAGUAUUGUCUGCUGCAUACUUCUCAUUUGCCUUGGGGUCCUUUUUUCUCUUGUUAAUAUAUUACCUUCCAAUCUGGUUCCAGGCCGUGAAAGGAGCAUCUGCAAUCAAGUCUGGUAUUAUGAACCUACCUAUGAUCUUGACUCUGGUUAUUGUCUCCGUUAUCAGCGGUAUUACUGUUACUGUUAUGGGAUACUACGCUCCUUUGAUGAUCGCAUCUUCUGUUCAAUGUGGCAUCGGCUGUGGCCUUCUUUAUACAUUGACUCCCAAGUCCAACCACUCAUUAUGGAUCGGUUAUCAAGCAAUUACCGGCAUUGGAAUCGGUCUCGGGAUGCAACAACCCCUCAUUGCCGUCCAAACCAUUCUCGACAUCUCCGAUGUCCCUAUCGGCACAUCAGUUAUCAUCUUCGUCCAGACACUAGGUGGCGCGCUCUUCGUUUCCAUCGGCCAGAGCGUCUUCACCAACAAGCUAGUCAAGGGUCUUGCCACGUACGUACCGAACAUUGACCCUCUCAUCAUUCUCUCCACCGGAGCUACCUCCAUUCAGAGCAAUGUUGCCAAGGAUAUACUUCCUGCUGUCACAUUGGCAUAUAACAACGCCCUCACCCAGUCCUUCCUUGUCGCAGCCGCCAUGGCUGCCACUACCAUAGUCGGCAGUCUAGCGAUUGAGUGGAAGUCAGUAAAGGGGAAACACAUUGAGAUGGCUGCAGCAUAA